CUAUACCCCACUAGUAAGGACCUAACAUUUGCGAAAUGGUUUGCAUACGCGGCACCGGGAAUGCUACUCUGUACACUCGCCGCAUGGAUUUUCCUAUACGUGGUUUUCAUUAGACAAAACAAUAAAGUUUUGGAUGAUUCAAAGGAUAAAGUGAGAUCAUUGAUCCAAACAAAGUACAGAGAAUUGGGCUCGUUCACAUUUAAGGAGGCAGCCGUAACCGUUCUGUUUGUACUACUGGUGCUCUUAUGGUUCUUCCGUCAGCCGGAAAUAAUCACAGGUUGGGCCGAUGCCAUCGAUGGUAGUAAAGGCACUAUAAAGGACGCGACGCCGGCUAUCCUAAUAUCCGUUUUAUUCUUCAUAAUACCGGCAAAUCUGUCGCAAUUCUAUGAGGAAAGGGAGAGCAAGAAGUUCGAGACACUACUCGACUGGAAGACAGUGCACCAGAAGAUGCCGUGGGGUGUGAUCCUCCUGUUGGGGGGCGGCUUCGCUAUGGCGGAGGGCAUAGAUAAAUCAGGCCUUUCCGCGUGGUUUGGCGAACAACUGUCCAGUUUUAGUACCAUCUCUCCGCGUGGAGCUAUGGUUGCGCUGACAGUGAUUGCGGCCGUCAUCACAGAGGUAAUGAGUAAUGUCGCCUGUGCUACAGUCAUACUACCCGUUGUCAACACUUUGGCACUUAAUAUGGGAGUGAAUCCACUGUUGCUGAUGAUGCCGGUGACCAUUGGAAUUUCGUUCGCAUUCAUGUUCCCCGUGGCGACUCCGCCGAACGCCAUCGUAUUCGAGGCCUUAGGGAUCAAGACGUUUGAAAUGACUAGUUACCUGAUCACAUUAAGUAAGGGGUAG